ACCAACCCAAGCGACAUAGGCAACAUGGCGGCGACCUGCAAAGCAGACCAAUCGCCAGAACUGUCGACGCCGUUGAAGAUACCGAAGACAGAGGCGCCUUCCCCUGAGUCGGAGGAUUUGAGUGACAGUAACCAAUACCACUCCGACCCCUCCACACCCAACCGCUUCUCGCCUUUGAACGUGGGCUGCGGGGCUGCGGGUCGGACAGCGGCCUCCUCCUCCUCUAACAGCUACACGGCUUGCCGGGGGAUGUCGUGGACGCCGUCCGAAACGAACGCCCUCAUCGCGGUUUGGGGCAACGAGCGGCUGACUGAGGCCAAGAUGCAGCAGUUGGAGGUCGCGGGCACCAUGUUCACCGGCAAGGCGCCCGGCCCUGCCAUGUACGAGCGGGUGUCCAGAGCCUUGUCGGAGCUGGGCUACGAGAGGACCCCGUCUCAGUGCCGGGAGAGGAUGAAGACACUGAGGCGAUGCUACAGCCGCGUGAAAGAGCAUGGCAUCGGGAAGAGGAAGAGCAGCUAUACUAUAGAGCAGCUGGAGAAGGUAUUUGGUCAGGGAGGCUGGGACCCCCAGACUUGUGCCCCAGUCCUGAUCAACAGUAGUGGACUGUACCAGGACAUGGAGUCUGAUAGCAGCACCGUAGAAGAUUACUCCCAAGAGGAUUGGUGCAACCAAGUGCUGGACUCUGCGUUCCAGGAGGUAGACAUGAACAGUGAAAAAAUACAGGUGCCAAAAAACAAAGCUCUUCGGAUUCAAGCUGAGCUGUCAGCGCGAACCCAAAAAAUGGAAUUCAUGCAGACGUUGAUUCGUAUCCUAGAUUCAGUGCACCUGAAAUGGGAGCAUUUUCAGUCGUGGACUGAGUUUUCUCGGCUGCACCUCUCUAACAAGCUGGCCAUUUUUGGCAUUGGCUAUAACACUCGUUGGCGAGAGGACGUCCGUUAUCAUUAUGCGGAGAUAAGCUCGCAGGUGCCACUGGGGAAGAGGCUUCGAGAAUACUUCAACCCUGAAAAGCCUGAGGGCAAAAUUAUUAUGAACAAAGUUCAAAAGAUGAACUGGAAAAAUGUCUACUACAAGUACUUGGACAUUACGAUCAGCGAGGCACGUUGCCUAGAGCUGCAUACGGAUGUAGACUGGAUCCCUGUGGCUCUGUCCAGGGAAGCAGUGUGUAGCAUGCGGACAUACCACUACCUCCUACCUGGAGACAUCCCCAAGGCAUAUGGACUAUACGCUAUUGGUUUUGAGGAGGCAUCAUCUGACCAGGAUGAUAUUAAAAACUGUAGCUUACCUCAGUGUGACUCUGAGAAUUGGGGAGAAGGAGAAGGAGCAGGGGAUUGUGAGAAUACUAGAACAAAAGUCACUUACUGCUACCUUGGCAUAGCUGAAGAUAGGAACAUACAACAGUGUGUCCUCCAACAUUUUCAAGGUUCGAGCAAGCACUACGUCCAAGGUGAGCCCUCUUCUGUGACUUGCUUCCUUCAAGAGAACCGCCAAGACGGCAUCAUAGAUGAUGACUCAAUGAAAGACGAAGACCCCAUUCGUUGUAUGGCCAUUUACAUAAAAUUCAUAGAAGUGGAUUUGGACUUCUUGUCUGCAGGGUCGCUGGUGGAGUGCCUAGAAACUGCUAUUGGUUAUUCUUUAAAGUACAACAACAAGGAAGCGUUUUAACUGUCUCACAAGGUUGUGAAAGACUUACUUCGUGCUCAAAGGUUUUGGCAGUGACUCAAAUUUGGUGUUUCAAUAACAUUGCCACUUUAACUAACAAACCAUUGGCACAUAUGACGCAAAGAAAUGGACCGCACUUCAUAAUGCAACUUUCUUCGUUGUUUGGAGCCUGGUUUCACCUUAGGAAUUCACAAUGCUGUGUGCCUAAGGUCAUAGCAUUAGCCACAAAGUCAGCAAAUUAUUUGUAUAAAAUUAUGUUAUAAUUGCAAAAUACAAUCAAAAAUAUUUUUUCAGUUUUACCAAAAAGGGUAAUAGUACAAGAUCUGGUUUGGACUGUAAACCGGUCUGUACAAUUCCAUUAAAUGCAAGACUGGGACAUCUCUAUUAUCCAUCGCCACAUCUUAUAUGGUGUGGACAUCAACGUACUUUAUAUAUGUCAAUGGCUUCAACACCUGCUCUUUAUUUUCAUGACUAAGUUGGUGGUUUUAUGCCGACCCCUAAUUGCGUGUACGUCAUUGGAAAGUUUAGUUAGUUGAAAUGGGUCUGAUUCUAAAUCAUUUGAAGGUACAAUCAUAAGUGCAAGAUGUUAGACUGGUUGCAAAUAUUAACAUGAUUGUUACUCACAGUACAGUUGUCCCUCAUUUAUCGCAGUUAAUUGAUACCGGAUUCUACUGUAGAAAACGAAUUUCAGCAAAGUAGAAUUAUUAUUAAUAAAUCAAAUAUUUGAUACUUUAAGCAUAACAAAACUCUUUGUGACCUUCUAAAUAUGUUUUUUUUAACAUAAUUGCACCCCUCUAUACAUGAAAUAACACCUUUACUAUAAUUUAAUCAAAUAUAGUUUGUACUGAAUUUAGCCUUGAGUUUGUACAGUACUUAAAUGUAGGCCAGAGGAUCCUUCAAGCGUCAUUGCUCCGUGGAAAUACUUCUUCACAUCCUGGGUAAUACUUCUAAGUUAGAACUAGGCCUCCCCAUGUGCUGAAUCCAUGGGCUUGAAUUUUUCUGCAAAAACUUUGCCAACACCGCUACGAUCUUUAGCUGUGGUUUUAGCAUUUCGUUUCUGCAUUCAAGCCAAAUCUCUGUUAUUUGUCAAAGAUGAAGUGCAUCAAGAGUUCAUUACUACUUUGGUCGAACAUCAGUCCUGGGUUCAAAUCCAGGCUCGGGAUCUUUCUGUGUGGAGUUUGCAUGUUCUCCCCGUGAAUGCGUGGGUUCCCUCCGGGUACUCCGGCUUCCUCCCACUUCCAAAGACAUGCACCUGGGGAUAGGUUGAUUGGCAACACUAAAUUGGCCCUAGUGUGUGAAUGUGAGUAUGAAUGUUGUCUGUCUAUCUGUGUUGGCCCUGUGAUGAGGUGGCGACUUGUCCAGGGUGUACCCCGAUUGUAGCUGAGAUAGGCGCCAGCGCCCCCCGCGACCCCGAAAGGGAAUAAGCGUUAGAAAAUUGAUGGAUGGAUGGAUCUGCUGACAUCACAUAUUGGUCUCGUUAGCUCAAAGUGCUGCGCCGACUCUGAUGCUAUGUCCAGCUAUUGUCGUUUAAUAUCGCUGGCAUCAAAGUCUAACCAAUGUGGAGAUGUAAUUGAUGAGUCAGGUUGGGGGGGGUCGAUCAAAACGUUGUUCCGCCAAAAGUUUGUCAACUUUAGAUUGUUGCUGUGAAGAUACAGUAGUGCAAACAUGAGCAGUCGGGUUGUCGUUAGCAUUGUCACACUUAACUCGGAAACGGAAAUCCCGCAUGGUGAAUAGCUUAAUAAACCACCACAACAUAUUUAGGCCAAAAAAACAUGUGGAAUAUGUUUUAAAGUCUGCGACAAAAUGAAGCGAAAUGUAGUGUCCCAACUGUGAUCUAAAAGCAAGUCAACUUCCGACAGGACAAGGUUCAGUUAUAUUGACUGGUCCUGUGAAUAUAAACGUAUAAUCCACAUUUAUAAACACAGAUUGACCACUACUGCACAUUUCCAUCAUUCUUGUCAGAAGCGCAUGUUUUCCACUCCUAAGGAAUUUAAAGAUUAUUUAUUGUUCAAGCAAUACGGAAGACUCGAGCUACAUUUCUCUCUCAUCCUGUACUCUGGAGCUAAUUUCCAAGCUCAGGGAGAGAGUAGCCUUCCAGUCCACAUGCACCGCCACACAGUUUGUCAUUUCCAAGACCAAAAAAGGAAAAUGACAUUUUAAACAGACAUCAUAUUGUCUUUAUAAAACAAACAUACACACAAUUUAAGUCCAGAUAGGGAACAAAAUGGUGUUUACUGACUUUUUGUACUUCAUUGAAGUCCCCAAGAAUGACAAGAGUCCUUAGUGAUCUGUCACCGUACAUCCAUCCAUCCAUCCAUCCAUUUUCUACCGCUUGUCUCUUUUUGUGGUCACAGGGGGUGCUGGAUUCUAUCUCAGCUGAAUUCAAGCGGUAGGAGGGGUACACCCUGGACAAGUCGCCACCUCCUCGCAGGGCCAACACAAAUAGACAACAUUCACACAAUAGGGCCAAUUUAGUGUUGCCAAUCAACCUAAUCCCAGGUGCAUGUCUUUGGAGGUGGGAGUAAGCCUUAUUCAUUGUAAAUUCAGUUAGCUUGAAUGCAUUAGCCAUAUCAUGCUACCCAGAAAACUCUGAACUUUGACCCAAUAGACAACUGUUGGCCCCUGUCAUUAACUUCUUUGAAGUACCAACCCCUAUGCAAACGUACAUAGCUCGAGCCAAUUACAUCUAAUCCUACUGAUGAUUUAUAAAGAGAAUGACCAAUAUACAGUAUAUGUCACAUCUUGAAAGGAGAUUAGGCAAGAGGUUGCACAAUACAAAGGAUUUGCGAUGUAAAUUAGAUACAUUUGGCUUUCAUUAGAUUUGAAUACUGUCAUCAUAUUGUGAUAAUGCAUGUUGUUGACACAAUUUGACUGUGACAAGCGAACAAAGGUGUCCUCAACGCAACAUGGUCUCCUUGCUAGCGAGCACAGUAUGAAAUAGUUUCUAAAUCUCCUAAUACUCUCAUGCGAAGUGGCAAAUAACCUUUGUUUGUUCCAAGUGUCUCUCUGAAGGACAAGGAAUAGCUGAACAUGCCACACUACAUGCCAUAGCAGGUCACAGAAAAGCACAGCAAACCUCUUAGAUGGUGCUCUUGUAAGUAAGCACGGUAAUAGACAGUAACAAUACCAAGUUUACUUUUAGUAUAUAGUUGGUACUACAGUGAUUAGAUCUAAAUUUUUUAUUAAUGGUAAGUGGGUUGUUCUUGUAUAGCGCUUUUCUACCCCUUUUUAAGGAGCCCAAAGCGCUUUGACAAUAUUUCCACAUUCGCCCAUUCACACAAUGAUGGUGGGAGCUGCCAUGCAAGGCGCUCACCAGGACUCAUCACGAGCAAGGGUGCAGUGUCUUGCCCAAGGACACAACGGAUGUGACUAGGAUUGUAGAAGGUGGGGAAUGAACCAACAACCCUCAGAUUGCUGGCACAGCCACUCUACCAAUUUCGCCACGCCGUCCCCGUAUUACCACAAAGAUAUUCUUUUGUCUUAUUUGGGGGGGAAAAGACAAUAGAUCUUGAUAUUAUUUGGUUGUUGUAUUAUUAUUAUUGACCUACAUUAUCAAUUUUGUAUGUAAUAAAAGGGCAUAAGGGAUCUUAUUUAAAAAUGUAGUUGAUAUUGUUACACCGCCAUCCUGUCUUUUGUCUGAUUAUAAUUGUAAUCAAAAAUUAAAUCAGGCAUGGUGAACAUUUUAAGUGUUAGUAUUGGUUUGACUUACAGUGCCUCUGUAACUACUUGAAAAUGGAUACAGUAUAUACCCACAUUAGUAGUACUACCCAAAACUAAUAAGUAUCCCAACAACAGCACAUUGUUACAUUUUAACAGAAGUGUAGAUAGAACAAUGUUAGAAAAUAUAGUAUUUGACAGUAAAUUAGCAAUUAGAUGAAUAAUAGUUUGAAAAAACAACAGGAAAAUAGACAAGAUGUUAUCGCAUAUAUUAGCAUUUACGAGCUUUUAUAACCCAAUUUUGAUAUGGUUUUAUUACUAUUGCUAUAUUAUAUAUUGUGAUUUAUAUCGUUAUUGCAGAGGCUGCAAGAUUUUUCAUGAUAUGGAUUUUGAAGUUACAUCGCCCAUUCUUAAUCCCAUUUUGUUUUCCAGUCCCCGUCACACAAAUCAUGAAAUUAGAAGGCUUGAACAUGUUUCUGUUUAAUGCUAAUAAAGUUAAAGUACCAAUGAUUGUCACACACACACUAGGUGUGGUGAAAUUUGUCCUCUGCAUUUGACCUAUCCCCUUGAUCACCCCCUGGGAGGUGAGGGGAGCAGUGGGCAGCAGCGGUGCCGCGCCCGGGAAUCAUUUAUGGUGAUUUAAACCCCAAUUCUAACCCUUGAUGCUGAGUGCCAAGUAGGGAGGCAAUGGGUCCCAUUUUUUUACAGUCUUUGGUAUGACUCGGCCGGGAUUUGAACUCACAACUUACCGAUCUCAGGCCAAACAAUUUACAGCAUUUUCUAAUUUGAUUGUAAAAUACUUAAUUGUGCAAUAUUUACCCUCCUGAUCUUUCGUAGUUGACUCAUAUUUUUGGGGGAAUUGAAGAAACACUAACUUUGAGUCCAUCGCCAAAAUUUUUUCGUAUUGAGACGUGCUUCCGCUCACAUUAAAAUUGAUUUGUUGUUACUGUCGCUCUUAACACACAAUCUACAAUGAUGCACAAUAUAGCUACAUUUGUUGUGGAUGAAAACAGAAAGUGUUAAGUUAUUUAAUGUGUAACGAAUGUCAAUCAAAUGUGCACUACUUCAAUGUCUGCUGCUUGUGGUGUGAAUGUGUGUGUUUGGGUGGUGACUUCACAAUAUGUGUCUACCUCAGUGAGCAAGGCAACAAAGGGACCAUAACGGAUAACAAUAGUUUAGGACUGCCUCUAUCUUGACUGAUGGACCGUCAGGAAAAGUGCAUAGGAGUUGUUGCUUUCUGGGGUUGAAUUCAAUGUACAUGUAUACUGUAAGUCAUUUUCAUUUAAACACAUUCGCACAAAUGUUUUAUUUAAUUGUUUUGAUCAUUAAGGAUUUAUUUACCUCUGAGGAACUUUUGAUUAAUCUGAUUUUUAAGCUUACUUUCUUGUCAAUCAAUCAAAGCUUACUUAAAGGCCUACUGAAAUGAGAUUUUCUUAUUCAAACGGGGACAGCAGGUCCACUCUAUGUGUCAUGCUUGAUCAUUUCGCGAUAUUGCCAUAUUUUUUGCUGAAAGGAUUUAGUAGAGAACAUCAACAAUAGAGUUUGCAACUUUUGGUGUUAAGAGAAAUGCCCUGCCUCUACCGGAAGUCGCAGACGAUGACGUCACAUGUUUGAUGGCUCCUCACAUAUUCACAUUGCUUUUAAUGGGAGCCUCCAACAAAGAGUGCUAUUCGGACCGUGAAAACGACAAUUUCCCCAUUAAUGUGAGCGAGGAUGAAAGAUUUGUGUUUGGAAAAAAAGCACGAUGGCAUUGGGAUGGAUUUCGAUGUUUUUAGACACAUUUACUAGGUUAAUUCUGGGAAAUCCCUUAUCUUUCUAUUGUGUUGCUAGUGUUUUAGUGAGUUUAAUAGUACCUGAUAGUCGGAAGGGUGUCUCCACGGGUGUCUUGACGCGCAGUGUCUCAAGGGAGUCGACGGCAGCUACAUGGACGGCACAAGCUCAGCUUUUCUCCUGUAAGAUCUGACUUUUUAACCACAAUUUUCUCACCGGAACCUGCUGGUUGACAUUUGGUAGGGAUCCAUGUUGACUUGACCGCGCUCUGAUCCAUAGGACAGUUUCACAUCCAGGAACUUUAAACAGGGAAUCACCGUGUGUUUGUGUGGCUAAAGGCUAAAGCUUCCCAACUCCAUCUUUCUACUGUGACUUCUCCAAUAUUAAUUGAACAAAUUGCAAAAGAUUCAGCAACACAGAUCUCCAAAAUACUGUGUAAUUAUGCGGUUAAAGCAGACGAUAUUUAGCUGUGUGUGUGCGUAGCGCUCAUACUUCCUAAAAACCCGUGACGUCUUGCGUAUACGUCAUCAUUACACGGUGUUUCCAGGACAAAACUUUCGGGAAAUUUAAAAUUGUAAUUUAGUAAACUAAAAAGGCCGUAUUGGCAUGUGUUGCAAUGUUAGUAUUUCAUCAUUGAUAUUUAAACUAUCAGGCUGCGUGGUGGGUAGUAGUGGGUUUCAGUAGGCCUUUAAAUAGCCCUAAAUCACAAGUGUCUCAAAGGGCUGCACAAGCCACAACGAUAUCCUCGGCUCAGAUCCCACAUCAGGGCUAGGAAAAACUCAACCCAAUGGUAGGACAAUGAAAAACUUUGUGGUCUGAACCUCUGCUCUGAUGACCUCUUGCUGCGUGGAGAUAGGAGUUCAGAACACUCAGAAAUAUUCUCCAAUCCCAUUAUAAUAAUGAUGUUAAAGAAACAACAUGAAAUUAAUUCAUUGUUGGAGUUUCCUAUAGUUGUUCACAGAAAGCAGUAGUUUUCAACCUUUCUUAGGACCACAAACCUAUAAUUGACGGUAAUCUACUUCUAAUUAUGUAUUUAUUACGUUUAGUCGACAUUAUUAUUGAGGAUAGUUCUGCAUAGUUUAAGUUUAAACCAAAAUGACAAAACCCAAGAAAGAAUGUCGAAUUGUUGUAGUUUCAUUUUUACAACAAUCAGCAGUGAUCCCAAGAGCUCAACUUUGACCCUGGAGUAAAAUAAAUGUAUUUUUCAAAUGACCGUCCUUUUUUUUAAAAAUUCAUAUGCAUAUAUGUAAAAAUGCAGCGUGUCUUGUUUAAUUAUCGUUCUAUACAAUCUGCCUGAUGUAUAUAUGCUGUGUACAUGUGUCUAUAUAUGUAAAGUAAACACAAUAUAUGAACUCACACUACAUUGCAUUAAAUAAAGAAAUUAAACAAUAUGAAGUAUUCUAGAUUUUGAAAAGGUGCAAUGUUUAUCUGUUUUGCCCUACAGUGCAGUACAUUAAAUGUCUGCGGUGCUUAAUUCCAUUGGUUCACGCCUUGUUUUAUUUUGUAAUCAUCACAAAAUUAAUUAAAAAUAAUAAACAGAGACCUGACUUUG